AUGUCCGAGACUGUAGAUUAUGCCAGUUUAUUACAUAAAGAGUAUAAUCUGGAAAAUCUAAAUGUGUUGGCGAUGUCAGAGGAUUUGAUCAAUUGGAUAGACUCGCUAGAUAAGAGGUUCAAGACCUUGCUACACAAGCAGAACCAUCAAGAGGAAGACUUGAGACGACAACAGCAAAGACAAGCAGCCGAGGAACGAGAACGAUGGGAGAGUCGAGACUCGGCGUCCAUGUAUGAGAUAGACCAUCAGCAGUUUGAGCGAUUGGGCCAAACACUCGAGAAGUACAUCACCAUGCCACAUGCACAAGCAGCUGCUACAAGUAGUGUCGAUCAACAGCAGAAAGUACGACCAGAAAAUGAUGAAGAAGAAGGAGAAGAAGAAGAAGGAGAAGAAGGAGAAGAAGGAGAAGAAGGAGAAGAAGAUGAAGAAGAUGAAGAAGAAGAGGAAGAGGAAAUGAACGAAGAACAUGCUGACGAUUAUGAGGACGAUUCAAUCAUUAUUUUGGACUCAGAUGAAGACGAAAAUGAGCAACCAAAAGUUGAUAUCAAACCCCACACAGUCGACUAUGAAAGCUUCGAAGAAGAAUUUGAAGGUCUUGAUGAUGAAAUCGCCGACGUUAUUCACGAAGACAAUGAAAAUAGAGAACAGGAUGAAAAUGUACUUGAGCAUAAUCAAGACCAAGACGAAGUCGUGGAUGCAGAGGAAGUCGAAGAAAUUGUUGAUGACGAUGGCGAUGACAAUGUCGAUGACAAUGAAAACGAAAGUAAUAAAGAGUUUAUGGAUAAUUCAUAUAGUUCAAUGGCUGCAAUGGCCUACAUGCAAGUCAAAAGGGCCAAUGUUCCAAAACAGACAACUGCAGUCCAUUCCUUUACACAAGGACGUAAAGAGGAUAAAGAUGACGAAUGUGUAAGCGAUGAAAUCGACGCUGAAAGUGACGAGGUCGAAGAGGAAGAUGAAGAUGACGAAGAUGAAGAAGAUGAAGAAGAAGAAGAUGAUGAUGAUGAUGAAGAAGAAGAUGAAGAUGAAGAAAAUGAUGACGAAGACGUAAGUAGCAAGCUACACAAUUAUCAAAGUCACCCACAUUACGCUGGCAAAGUCCCUAGAAAAGUACCUCGACAAAAGUCGAUCGUUUCAACUAACGAUCAGGCAGAAACUGAUGAUCGAGAAGAUAGUGAAACACCCUAUGGGUAUGAGGAUUAUAGUUCACAUAAAUUUGACCAUAUAACUAAAUCUUUCAAUGAAAAUUUGACAAGUGAGAGGAUAGAUUCGGAUGAGUUAUCUGAUUCUCAGAAGUAUUAUAUUGAUAGAGGUGGCGAAGAAGAAGAAGAAGAGGAAGAAGAAGAGGAACAAGAACAUACUGAAGAAGGUUCAAUUGAAAGUCAAGAAGAGGAAGAUGAUGAUAAUGACAAUUCCAUCGAAGAAAUCAUCAUUGAUAGCGAGGAUGAGGAUAUUGACGACAUUGAUCAAUACAGUGACGAUGAGCAUGUCUUGGUUGCUCAAAAAGCUCAAAAUGGUUUCAGUAAUCAAGAAGUUACUUCGCCGCAAGAACAAGAGAUAAUACGAGAGCUUGAUAAUGAAGCUAAUGAAGCCUAUGAUUAUCACAAGGUUCUGAUGGAACAUUCACCUGAAGUUAGUGAAGGUCCAAGUGAACUGGAAGCUGAUGAAAUUGACGGUGAUGAUGAAAAAGACGAGGACGAAGAAAAUGUGGAUAGAGACGAAGAUAAAGACGACGAAGAUGAAGAGGAUGAAGUCUCACAAGGAAGUAACAAUUUAAAUGAUGAUAAGGAUAAUGAUAGAGAGACUGAUUUUGAAUCUGAGGUCGAGACUAAGGAGAUUGAGUUUGAUUUUCUGGUUGCUGAGAAGGCACUUCAAAACGUGAUCUCUAUGGAACACAAUUCAGAACCUACUAGUCCCAAAGAGCAUAUCCAAGACGAACCUAUUAACUCAGCUGAGGGUCUGCUGAUGAACCGUACCAAAUCUCAUGAGAGUAUAAUUGAAGGCUACGUACCACCUCCUGCGCCUAUAUUUAAAACCAUUAAAGAGUCGUCUCCCGAGGACGUUCUCGAGCAGUUAAAGGCAACCGAAGAAAGAUUCCACAUUAAAUUGAACACGGUGAAGGAGUUGGAACACAGACUUUCUAUGACAAAUACUGAAGAAAAUGAAAAGGAAUCAUCUGCUCAUGAAAUCAGUCAGUUACGAUACUCAAAUAGUCCUGAGGAAAGUGAAGACUUGCAAGAAAUUAUCUUGGAUACAGAGAAAUUAGAAUCCAGUGAUGCUUUCAAGUCAAUUUUGGCUCCUGAAGAGAACAUGGAAGACGUUGUAAAUGAAAGAGUUACAGACGCUGUCGAAAGGGCUGUGGUAGAAGAACUAGGAAAUGAUCCUGAAAGUGAGGAAGAAGUAAUACAGGCCGAUAUUGAAGAAAUUAAAUCCCACUAUACAGGUGAAGAAGUAUUUGAGUCUAAAGGUGAGACACAGGAUGAUAUUUUAGAUUCUAUGCAAGUGGACCACCAAAAACAAAGCGAUGAUUUAAAUCAAAUUAGAGAGGCUAUAGAAAAGAGAUUUGAGAAUAACUUGAGUCCACAAAAUCAAGCAAGAAAAACUACGUAUUCUGAAUCAGAAAGCAGUUCUGAUAUUGAGAUAAAUGAUCCAAAUAUUCAUGAUGAAAGUAUUGAUCCAAAGAAUAUUUCGAAUCCCAGUAGUCAUGAGAUUCAAGAGCCGUCUGCAAUAGACCAGGAGGAGUUCCUACGUAGGACAACAAUUUUGGAAGAAGGUGAUUUGGUAACUCCCAACUCAUAUGAAAAUAUGCUAGAAGACAUUAGAAUCCAUGGUCAAGAUUCAACGUAUGGUGGUAGUUCUCGUGUUGUAUCUGAAGGAGUUCUCUCUAAAUUUAGAGCCCAAGUUGACCUGAUUUCGAAGCCGGAACUCGACCGGAUUUCAGAUACAGAUGUUAGUUCAGAGGAAGAAAGCGAAACUCUUACUGAGUCGUCCAUAGGGGAAGAGAAUGAGGACUUAGGCACUAAGCAAUCCUCCAAUACUCAAAAUGAGAUUCAAAAAAUUAGUGAUGUCUUACCAGAUGAGGUUGUUAUAGUUGAAAGUAAGACGGAAGAGAUCAAAUUUGAACCUGAUUUAAACAAUUCUGCCUAUGGCGUAACGGACGAUCUUCAAGCUAAGAUGGAUAGAGAAGUUGAAUUUCAUGAAGAACAGAGAAUAAGGGCUAACAGUGUACAACAAGAGGAUGCCAAUGUGUUUGAUUUGUAUGAGAAUAGACUUCUGCCAGGACUUACGCAUGUGGAUGAAUCGGUAGUUGAAGAAGAAGAAGAAAAAGAUGAUGAAGAUGACAAGGAGGAGGAGGAUACUUCAAGUCCUUCAAAAGAGAAAAUAACUGCCGAGGCAGUCGAUGUCAAUUCAAACUCCCAAGGAAGUGAUACCAAAAUAUCAUUAACAGAAGACAAUCCAAAUAGUAUAGACAUGAGUCUUUUGGAUACGAAUAGUGCUCCAUUCCAUUCUUCCUCUUCCCACAUUUUAGAGCUCCCAACAGUUGAAGCUCAACUUAGUGAUAGUUCUGAUAGCAGCUUUGAAAGAGAGGAAAUAAUUCCUCUCCGAAUACCGUCUCAUAGCAGUGUUUUCUUUGCACAGCAAGCGGAGAAAAGUCAGAGCGGAGAUGACGAUGAGGAAGAUAAGGAAAAGAUGCCUACAGAGAAGAAUCUUAAGGAGGAGAAUCUUAUGGGGAAGGAUCUAGUGGUGAAUACCAGCUUGUCACCUGAUUAUGAUUCUAACGGUAAACAUGAGAAAAUGGAAACUAAGGAAGAGGAUGCUAGUAAUGAGGAAGAAUUCGAUGAUGAGAAAAAUGCUGACAUCAAGGGAGACGAUGCCAAAGAAGAUGUUGGACGGAAUCUUUUUGUUCCACUUUGUAUCCCUUCACUUAAGAGUGCUUUUUUUUCUCAACAAUUAGAAGACAACCAAGAAAGGGGAGAAGGCACUAGUAGAAAUAAGGAAGAUGAAGAAGAAGAAGCUGCCAAUGUUGCUGCUGAAGAAGAAAUCGAAGAAGAGGAAGAAGUGGAAGAGGAAGAAGAAGUGGAAGAGGAAGAAGAAGUGGAAGAGGAAGAAGAAGUGGAAGAGGAAGAAGAAGUGGAAGAGGAAGAGACUGAAGCAGGAGUCAACAUUGAAUCGGAAGAAGAACGUGUUGAACAAGACAGAACCAAUGGUGAUAUCAUUGAUACCGUUGAGAAUAGUUCUUCUGUCGAUCGGGUAGCUCUGCUUCAGAUACCUUCAAAUACAAGCUCAUACUUUAUCGAACAAUCAUUGAAGGAUCCAGAAGAUUUUGUACAAAGUGAAGAGGAAGAAGAAGAAGAACAAGCAUAUAAGCUGCAAGUCGAAGAGGAAGUUGAGCAGUUAAAGGAAGAAGCCCUUUUUCAAGACACGGUCAAAGAAGACACUGAAGCACAGACUAAGGUUGUUCCACUUCGAAUCCCAACACAGAAUAGCGAAUAUUUCAUUCGGCAAGAUCAAAUCGAAGAGAAAAGAGAAGAAGAAAGCAGCAAGUCGAACGAUGGUGGUCAGGAAUCAGACGCAGAAACUCAAGCUGAAACUGAGACGCCUGUAGAAGGAUCUUUGUCAACACCUAUGACCACAAAUAUGGAUCAUGAGGAUAAGACAUCUACAAAGCGACAAUUCGACGAUGACAUUGGAAAGAAUGAAGAUGGGAAUAAGAGACAGAAGUUAGUUUGGAGUAUUAUUCCAUUGACUUGGUUUCAAAGGACUUUGUUUAACGAGAACAAUGAACCAUUUAAGCAAAGUAUCGAUGAUUCCAAGGAAAAUAACAAUGUUGGACAAGAGUCCCGAACACUGCCACAAGAGGAUGAGAAUGUGGGAACAACUUCAGAAACCAUGGAAGAAGUGAAUGAAGCGAAGGAGGAAGAAGUGAAUGAAGCGAAGGAGGAAGAAGUGAAUGAAGCGAAGGAGGAAGAAGUGAAUGAAGCGAAGGAGGAAGAAGUGAAGGAGGAAGUUUUGAAAGGUCAAGAUCAAGAACAGGAACAAGAAGCUGUGAACGAACAUGAAGAUGAACAAGAUCACGAAAAACAGUUUGAUUCACCCACACAAAGCGAUGAAGAUAUUUCCAGUAUACCUAUUGGCUAUUCACCACUGAAACAUACAAGAGAGUACAACGAUGAUUGGACCACCAUGCUCCCACUUGAAGUACCUAAGUUAAGAAGAGUCGCGCGUGAGUAUUCCAGUAUUGAUGAGGUGCUUGAUUCAAGAGAACGGUCGUCCAGUCCAGAAGCCCGGGGAAGAAGAAGCACACGGAACUCUUCCAGUGGAUGGUUUGGUUGGCGUACAACCUCGUCAGACGAUACUUUAGCACUGAGGACUCGGUCCAAGUCACCAUUGAAACUGACCAAUAUCCGGGAUUUGACUCUUGAUUCCGAUACUCCUAAAGUCCGAUCGCGGAAGAGCUCGGCCAAGGAAGUCAAUUUUGAUCAAGAUCAAGAACACAACGAUCAAGAUCACGAUCAAGCAUUCGGCAAUGGACCUCCACGCAAACGAACCAGACGAACGAGACGGCUCCAAUCCAAGCUCGACGGACAAAUCCACAGGUUAAAUAAAUAA